AUGAGUGAUAAACAUUUACUUCGCUCGACAUAUUCUCUCACAUACUAUUCUAUUCUAUUCACUCGAAUCCGACUCACACAUUUUCGAAAUCGAAAAAUGCCAAUAAAAGUUUACAUAACCAGUAUUACAAGUAAUCAAUUAACGAUCGGUAAUCAACGCAAAUUGAAACACAUUCUCGAUACGAACAAGAUCGAUUAUAUUGAUAUCGACAUAAGCGAUCCAAAACAUACGGACGAAAAGGAAUUUUUACAACGAACGUUAUCCACAAGAAACCAAAAGUUAACAUUACCAUACAUAUUCAAUGAUGAUCAAUAUUGUUGUGAUUUUGAUGGUUUAAUAUCAGCUGUCGAGUCAAAUACACUUCAUCAAACGUUACAAUUAGAACACGAAUAUACUAACAAUGGACAUUGA